UUAUAAGCUUUUUUUAUAUUUUCUUUUAGUUAUUAUUCUAUUUAAAUUUCUUCUUCAUUCAGAAUUUCUUUUUUUUUAAUUUCUUCUUUAUUUAGAAUUUCUUUUUUUUAAUUUUCUACUUCUUAAUUUUCUUCUUUUUAAAUUUCUUCUUUUUAAAUUUCUUCUAUUUAACUUUCUUCUAUUUAACUUUCUUCUAAUUAACUUUCUUCUACUUAAGAUUCAUCUUUUUGAAUUUCUGUUUUUUAUUAAAUAUCUUCUAUUUAGAUUUCUCCUUUUUUUAAAAUAUCUUUAAUUUAAAUUUCUCCUUAUUUUAAAAUAUCUUCUAUUUAAAUUACUUCUUUUUAAAUAUCUUCUAUUUAAAUUACUUAUUUUUAAUUUUCUCCUUAUUUUUAAAUUUCUUCUAUUUGAAUUUCUCUUUAUUUUUAAAUUUCUUCUUAUUAUUAAGUUUCUUCUUUUUUUUCAUCUUCUUUUUUUUAAAUUUCAUCUUUUUUUUCAACUUCUUCUUUUUAAAUUUCUUCUUCUUUUUAAAUUUCUUCUUCUUUUUAAAUUUCUUCUUCUUUUUAAAUUUCUUCUUCUUUUUAAAUUUCUUCUUUUUAAAUUUCUUCUUCUUUUUAAAUGUCUUGUUAACGAAUUUCCACGUUUUUUUCAAUUUAAUUAUAAAUUUCUUCAGUUUUUGGUUAACUAAUCUCAUAUUAAUUAUUCAUUGUUUUAAAAGAACCAUCAUUAUUGUAAAGUGUUUAAUAUGGUUAAUAAUAAUCUUGAAAUUUUGUUUAGAAAUCAUAAUUUUAUGGUAUAUAAGUAUUAUAUGAGUAUUCUUAGUAUUAUGUUGAUGUUUAUGUUUAUGAUGGUUAUAUAGGAGUUUAUAUCGGUUAUGUUUCUGGUAAUGUAGUUUCAUAUGUAGAAGAAUAAGUAUAUUAUUAGGCUUUUUUAUUUAUUUUUAUAUUUUUAUUUUUAUUUUUAUUUUUUUACUUAAUUAUUAGCUUCUUUUUAAUAAUUCAUCUAUAGCAUUAAAAUCAAUUGUAAAUUAAAAAUUAUCUGUUGAUAAUGUUGUUUAUUCAAUAGGCUUUAAGAUUUCUUAUUAUUAAACUAAUGUAGUUUAUAUGUUA